UGGAGCAGAGCGGUUGUGCAGAGCGUGUGAAGCGGGACUGCUGGAAGUGAGGCUGGAGGUAAAUCCAGGACAGGGGCAGCAGGAUGGAGCCUUAGUUCUCACACUCGGCUUCAACAGAGCGCAGCGCCACUGGCUGGACCAGAGGGGCUCAACUCCACUGUGUCACCACACCAGACCGGGAACCUGAGCUCAGGUGACGCUUCACACUGCCGGACGAGACCGAGCUGGACUGGGAGUCUCUGGCAGCAGUGGAUUAUGGGUUGCUCGGCCAGCGUGGUCCUGCUGCUGCGCUCGGUGGGCGGAGCCGACUGCGGCCACAUGUGUUCACGACAGGACCAGAUGUCGCUGGAUGCCGCCACACCCACCCUAGAGGGUUACACCUCCACCGCCUCACCUCUGACCAUCAUUGUCAUGCAAGAGAAGCCUAAACUGAUCGAUCCUCUGGACUAUGAAGCGGUCAUCUCUGAACUGGGGGAUGAGCUGAAGGAAGACCCUCUUCGAGACCUGCUUUUAUUUCCUGACAAUGAUUUUACAGUGUCUGUGGUGCCUCAGGAGAGAAGGACUCUCAAGUCAACAGUUCCUGAAGGGGCAGAGCUACAGGCGGAAUGUCUGCUGGUCAGACAGGCUUGCAAGUAUUAUAACUCGGAGCUAAAUGUGGUCCAGUUCAAGUAUGAUGACUAUGCUGGAGACUACCGUCUGCUGCCGAGGAAACUGUACAAAGCGGAGAAGCUUCCAUCCCAUUCUUUCGAGAUCGAUUAUGAAGAUGUGGACAAGGAUGAGGAUACCACCUCACUGUCCUCUUCCAAAGGGGGAGGUGGAGGAGGUGGCGGCGGAGGAGGAGGAGGAGGAGGAGGAGGGGGAGGGAUCGGUGUGUUUCGAUCUGGCUGGCUGUACAAAGGAAACUUCAACAGCACCGUCAACAAUAGUAUCACAGUGCGGUCAUUCAAGAGGAGGUACUUCCAGCUCACUCAGCUGACAGAUAACUCCUACAUCAUGAACUUCUACAAAGAUGAGAAGAUCUCCAAGGAACCCAAAGGGUGCAUCUUCCUCGACUCCUGCACGGGGGUUGUUCAGAAUAACCGCCUGAGGAAACACGCCUUCGAGCUGAAGAUGAACGAGGUUACGUACUUCGUGCUGGCCGCGGAGAGCGAACAGGACAUGGAGGAGUGGAUCAGCACCUUGACGCGCAUCUUACAGAUCAGCCCUCACGACGGACCGGCUCCAGAUCGCAAGAGUCUGGACCUCACCGAACACCGGCAGGACGUAUUUGACCUGUCGCUGAGUGACGGCUGUUUGCAGGAAAAUGAAGAAACUACAGAGAACGGCAUCAAUCCAGAGCUCGCAAAGUAUAUCUCUGAGACGGAUGAGGGGAUUCGCUCUGCCAGAAGAGAAGAGCGGCUGAAUCUGUUCUCUCUCGAUCCGGACACCCCUGUUCUGAGGAGCCCUCGGACCGAACACUCAUCGAGUGAAAGCUCGUCAGUGCGUCCGUUUGAGGAGAAGUUGGGCAGGAGGUUCAUGAUCACCUGCCGAUCCCUGAACCUGAUGCUGCAGGGCUGCAUCAACGAGAGCGAGACCGGGCCCGUCACCAACAUCGAACCCUUCUUUGUGUCGCUGGCUCUGCUGGAUGUACGAGAGGGGAGGAAGGUGUCCGCAGACUUCCACGUGGACCUGAACCACGAGGCGGUGCGCCAGAUGCUCGGCGGCUGCAGCAACGGGACGGCAGAUCCUCGCGCGGGGGUCGGAGGUCAGGAAAAUGGCCUGUGCUCCCCUGCUGAGAAGAAGCCGGGCGACUGUUACCUCAGCCCGGACCUGGAGCACUGGCUCUGCUUUCCCAAACAGGCUGUCUUCUCAGUGACCAACCCCCACACUGACAUAGUGAUGGUGGCGAAAGUGGAAAAGGUGCUGAUGGGGAACAUUGCUUGUGGAACUGAACCUUAUAUCAAGAAUACCGACUCCAGCAAGACUGUUCAGAAGAUCUUGAAGUCCAACAAACAGUUCUGCAGUAAGCUGGGAAAGUACCGGAUGCCCUUUGCCUGGUCUGUCAGGCCAGUGUUUAAGGACAACCAAGGGGCGCUGGAUCGAGAGUCACGUUUCUCGCCGCUUUUCAAACAAGAGAGCAACAAGAUUUCCACGGAUGACCUGAUUAAGCUGGUGUCAGAGUACCGGAGGGCUGAGAAGACCAGCAAGCUGCAGACUGUUCCCGGGACGCUGGACGUCGCAGUGGACUACGUCCCGAUGGAGCACCAAAACUGCGUGACGUCCUCCUAUGUGCCGGUGAAGCCGUUUGAAGAUCUGAGCAAACACCAGCCUACCGUGGAGGUGGAGGAGUUCGUGCAGGACACCACCAAGUUCAUCCAGCCGCACCGCGUCUACAGGAACCACAUUUACGUCUACCCCAAACAUCUCAAGUACGACAGUCAGAAGAGCUUUGCCAAGGCUCGUAACCUUGCAGUCUAUGUGGAGUUUCGCAGCUCGGAUGAAGAAGUUGCCAAACCCCUCAAGUGCAUCUAUGGUAAGCCAGGCGGGCCAGUCUUCACCACCGCAGCCUGUUCCACAGUCCUUCAUCACUCCCAGAACCCCGACUUCUACGAUGAGGUGAAAAUCGAGCUUCCCACGCAGCUCCAUGAAAAGCACCAUCUUCUGUUCUCCUUCUACCACGUCACCUGCGACAUCAAUGCGAAGACCAACGCGAAGAGGAAAGAAGCCCUGGAGACCCCCGUCGGCUAUUCUUGGCUGCCUCUGCUCAAGGAAGGCCGCUUGUCAUCUCAGGAGUUCAACAUCUCCGUGUCCUGUAACCUGCCGCCUGGGUACCUCGCCAUUAAGGAAGCCAGCAACGCCAAGAACGGUGCAGAUGUGAAAUGGGUCGAUGGAGGGAAAGCUAUCUUCAAAGUUUCCACCAACGUGGUGUCCACAGUAUACACUCAGGACCCCCACCUGAACCGGUUCUUCCAGCAGUGCCAGAAGAGAGAGCUGGACCUCUCUCAGCCUCCUACCUCCAACUUCCUCAACUGUCUGAAGGGUCUCCUCAGCAUGGAGAGAAUCCCAGUGAUGGUCAGAUUCCUGCCAGUGCUUUUCAACCAGCUGUUCAAGGUUCUGACUCAGAAUGACAAUGAUGAAGUGACUACUGCCACCACCAGAGUGCUGGUUCACAUUGUUGCAAAGUGCCAUGAAGAAAACCUGGAUCACUACCUGCACUCCUAUAUAAAGUAUGUGUUCAAGUCAGAGGCUCACGGCUUCAGGACAGUUCACGAAGAGCUAGCCAAGGGGAUGACCUUUGACCUGAAGAGCAAUGAGCAAGCGGCAGUCAAGAAUGUCCUGAAGUUCUCCUGGUUUUUCUCUGAGCUCAUUGUCAAGUCCAUGGCACAACAUUUGGUUGAUUCUGACAAGGUGAAGCUGCCGAGGCCGCAGCGUUUCCCCUCGUCUUAUCUGAACCGGGUGGAGACUCUGGUGGAAACAGUGUCUGAACACAUCUUCUGGAAGAAUAAAGACCUGGCUGAAGAAACCCGCAGUGCUAACCUAGCUGUGGCUGCUUUUGUGAAGCGCUGCUUUACUCUCAUGGACCGAGGCUUCACUUUCAAACUGAUCAGCAACUACAUAAACAUGAUCACUGCUACUGACAGCAAGGUGCUGUGUGAGCUGAAAUUCGAAUUCUUGAGAGAGGUGUGCAACCACGAACACUACAUCCCUCUCAGCUUGCCCUUACCCUCCGCUCGAAUCACAGACCAUGCAUCCCCUGAGCCACAAAGCACUCAUGUGUCGGUGCCGGAGUACAACUUGACCGGAGAGUUCUGCAGGAAACACUUCCUGACCGGCCUGCUGCUGCGGGAGCUCGGCCUGGCGCUGCAGGACGAGCAGGACCUGAGACACCUCGCUUUGGCCACACUCAAGACUCUGAUGGCCAAACACUCUCUGGACGCACGCUAUGCCACCAAGGAGAAGCAAGCAAGGAUUGCGUCCCUCUACCUGCCUCUGUAUGGACUGAUCCUGGACAACAUGCCUCGCUUCUUCCUCAGAGAUCUCUUCCCCAUCUACUUCACCUCCAGCGACCAAGGCUCUCGAGACGACCUCAGCGUGGGGGGAGGAGUUGCCGGAGGAGUGAUUCCUGUCACUCGGCACGGGAACUCUGUGGAUGCCUCCUUCUCCAAAGAGGUGCUCAACUCCAUCACAGCUUUCUCAUCCUUGGCAGUUGCUACGGGUAACCAGACCGACUCCCGAGGCUCUCUGAUCAGUGUGGACUCGAACCCCAGCAACAGCGACAGGAACAGCGAGAAGAUGGAUGGAUGUGAGAAGUUUGCCCGACCGCAGUCCCUGAUAGGCUACGGCUCUCGCUGUGAUAAAUUGGACCAGGCAGAGACGCGCAGUCUCCUCAUGUGCUUUUUGCACAUCAUGAAAACCAUAUCUGAAGAUGUGCUGGUGUCCUACUGGCAUCGGGCCAUUCACCAGGAGAUCUCAGACUUCUUUAACAUCUUGGAGCUGUGCCUCCAGCACUUCAGGUUCCUUGGUAAACGCCACAUAGCCAGGAAGCUAGCAGCGGCAGUAAAGCUGGCCCAGUCAACCCAGGCCAAUGGCACCCUGAAGGUCCCUAACCACCCCUCCCAGUCCUCUCAACCCUCCAGCCUCUUCCCACAAUGGAUGGCCUCUGGAGGCGAAGGCCACCGCCACGCUCGCUCUCAAACCAUGCCCAUCAUCAGAGGCAAGAAUGCCCUCACCAACCCCAAGCUGCUGCAGAUGAUGGACACAGAUGGGAGUGUUCAGGAUGGGGACACUCUGAGUCCCACUGAUAUUGAGGCCAACUUGUCCACGGAGGUGUCGCUCACUGUGCUGGACGUGCUGGAGCUCUUUGUUCACCAUCACAAGAAGCAGCUGCUGCUGGACGAUGGUCAGAACACACUGAUGAAAAAGGUGCUGGACACCUACAUGCUCUUCUUUCAAAUCAACCAAUCGACUGCGACUCUGCGGCACGUCUUCGCAGCCCUCAGGCUCUUUGUGCAAAAGUUUCCCAGUGCGUUCUUCCAGGGUAAAGCUGACCUGUGUGGCUGUCUGUGCUACGAGAUCCUCAAGUGCUGUAACCAUCGAUCCAGCUCCACCCAGAUGGAGGCGGCUGCCCUGCUGUAUUUUGUCAUGAGGAAAAACUUUGAGUUUACCAAGGGCAAGUCCAUAGUUCGCUCCCAUCUGCAGGUGAUCAAAGCAGUGAGCCAGCUGAUAGCAGACGCUGGAAUCGGAGGCUCCAGGUUUCAGCAGUCCCUGGCCAUCAUCAAUAACUUUGCCAACGGAGAUGCACCUCUGAAGAACACUCCAUUCCCCGCUGAGGUGAAGGACCUGACUAAGCGCAUCAGGACCGUCCUGAUGGCCACGGCACAGAUGAAGGAGCACGAGAAGGAUCCUGAGAUGUUGGUGGAUCUACAGUACAGUCUGGCCAACUCCUACGCCAGCACGCCCGAGCUGCGGCGCACCUGGUUAGAGAGCAUGGCCAAAGUUCACGUGCGCAACGGCGAUCUUUCAGAGGCUGCUAUGUGUUACAUCCACAUCUCAGCUCUGAUCGCUGAAUCACUGAAGAGGAGAGGCUACUGGAGAACUGACAAGGCCAGGAUGUCCAGUGUGUCCCCCGAGGAAAGCCCUGUCUUUAAAUGUAGCUCCUUACUAACUACCUCCCGAGAUCAAGACACUUCUUUCUCCAUGGGAUGGGCAGCGUUUAUGUGCAUCAGUCCGAAUGUUAAGGAAGAAGGUGCUAUGAAAGAAGACACCGGCACUCAGGACACACCAUAUACUGAGGACACCCUAGUGGAGCAGCUGGAGCUGUGUGUGGACUAUCUGUGGAAAUCCGAGCGACACGAACUCAUUGCCGACAUCAACAAGCCUGUGAUUGCCGUCUUUGAGAAGAGGAGGGAUUUCAAGAGGCUCUCGGAGCUGUACUACGACAUCCACCGUUCGUAUCUGAAGGUGACGGAGGUGGUGAACUCAGAAAAACGCCUCUUUGGCCGAUACUACCGCGUAGCCUUCUAUGGACAGGGUUUCUUUGAAGAGGAAGAGAGCAAGGAGUUCAUCUACAAAGAGCCAAAGCUGACUGGACUGUCAGAAAUCUCUCAGAGGUUGCUCAAACUCUACUCUGACAAGUUUGGAGCUGAUAACGUGAAGAUGAUCCAGGACUCCAAUAAGGUAAAUCCUAAAGACCUGGACCCCAAGUUCGCCUACAUCCAGGUGACGUAUGUGGUGCCCUACUUCGACGAGAAGGAGCAGCAGGACAAGAGGACGGAUUUCGAGAGGCAUCACAACAUCAACCGCUUUGUGUUUGAGACCCCGUUCACUCUGUCGGGGAAGAAGCACGGGGACGUGGAGGAGCAGUGCAAGCGACGCACAAUCCUGACCACGAGUUCCAGCUUCCCGUACUUGAAAAAGCGGAUCCAGGUGGUGGAGCAGCAGAGCACGGAGAUGAACCCCAUCGAGGUGGCCAUCGACGAGAUGUCCCGGAAAGUGUCUGAGCUCAAUCAGCUCUGCAACAUGGAGGAGGUGGACAUGAUCCGGCUGCAGCUGAAGCUGCAGGGCAGCGUCAGCGUCAAGGUGAAUGCAGGUCCGAUGGCUUACGCCAGAGCCUUUUUGGAGGAGAAGAAUGCCAAGAAAUAUCCUGACAACCAGGUCAAGCUUCUGAAGGAGAUCUUCAGGCAGUUUGCAGAGGCCUGCGGUCAGGCUUUGGAUGUGAACGAGCGUCUCAUCAAGGAGGACCAGCUGGAAUACCAGGAGGAGAUGAGAGCUCACUACAAGGACAUGCUGAUGGAGCUGUCCGGCAUCAUGAAUGAACAGAUUCCUCACACAAGACAACCAGGGACGGAACGGCACAGCACCUACUGAACGGCCAUUAGACUCGCCAGAGCGUUUGAAACUUCGAAGCGACUUGUUUGUUUCUGACUGUAAUGUUGUUCCCGCUGCGGAGAGCAGCGGGCUAAGUGGAACUGUGACCGGUGGCAAGUGUAGAGAAAAACAAGGGAAGACGUUUGUAGACUGUGGUUGUGCUAGUCUGUAGUCCUGUUGGUGAACGUUGACUGUCUACAGUAGAAGGCCAGGCUGCUGGACUGUUAGCUACUGUUUGUUUUGGUUCUAGAGACUUGAUCCAUGUGUCGUUUAGGUUCUUCUGCCCUGAUUCAUCAGCC